AUGAACAAUAAUCUGGAAUUCGCAGACUAUAUCGCUCUGCGCAACCUCGCCUUUGAUUGGGCGGAAAGCUACGACACCAAGAACUGGGAGCUGUUGAAGCAAUGUUUGGCACCCUCGACAAGUCUCGAUUUUCGCCUUCUCCAAGGAAACCUUUACGAGAACCUAUCGCCAGACGAUUUUGCUGGCAUUAUAGCCAAAAUGAUUGGGGAUAAGAGAUUGAAGACGCAGCACUUCAUUGGCGCGACAAAGGUGGAAUGUCUGGAUGACGGAUCGGUCAAGGUGGAGCAUCAAAUCCGCGUUGCGCAUCAACGCCAUGAAAGCGAAGACGCCGCUUCGCCGGUAAGCAACAAGGGCCAUGGGCAUGGAGUCACAACACAUUGGUACAAACGAUUUGGCGAGUACUGGAAAAUUACGGGAGCAUUGUCGAAUCUUUACUGGAGCGAAGAUGAUCUUUUCGGGACGCUCGCGCUGGAGGACUAG